AUGUCGAUGUCAAUGUCAAAAGAUGGCCAGAACCAGAAUGCGGACAUUAUACAUGAAAUAAUAACAAACGAGGGGCUAACUCAAGAAGAAAUCCAACAACUUAUUUUUAUAACAAAUAAUAUAAACAACCAAUGUGGCAAAAGUAAUACAGAACCGGGUAAAACAAUAAAAGAAAAACAAGAACCAAAAAGAUGCCAAUAUUCUGAUUGUAUGACUAAAUUAAACAUUUUUACAUUAGAAUGUAAAUGCGGAUUAAAGUUCUGUAACAAACAUAAAUUUUUUACAGACCAUAUGUGCAACCAUGAUUAUAAAGGUGAAUAUGCUAAAAUACUAAAAAAUAAAAAUCCACAAAUUAUUGGGGAAAAAAUCAGAAAGAUAUGA